UAAAGCGAGAGGGGAAAGAGGCGCGCACGCCAGCCCAACAACACACAUUCCCCGACUCCGGCGACGACGCGCCCCGCUCCUCCUCCCCCCCCUUCCUAUCUAAAUCCCCUCGCCUCGACGACCCUGUAGCUGACGAAGCGAGUGUGGAAUUGGAAUCCGUAUCCCGAACCGAAUCUCGCGCGUGAGGUGCGGAGGGAGAGGAGAAUGCCGCCUCCGGCCGCGCUGCUCCUCACCUCGGCCUCCGGCUCCGCGGGGCUGUCGCUGAGCCUAGCUCCCAGGCUGCCGCACCUGCGCCCCCCGCGGCGGCUGCUGCCGCCCCGGCUCCGGCCUGCGAGGAUCCGUGCCGCGGCGGCUGUUGGAGGCGAGUUCGGCGGCCUCGGCAGGCGCCGCGUCGACGCUGGCGAGUUCGUCGAGCGGCUGCGGAACGUGCUCCCGGGGGGCAGCUGGUGGCGCCUCGAGGACAGCGAGGAGGGCGGCGGCGGAGGCGCCGAGGCCAGCGGGGCCACGGCGGCGUCCGCGCUCAAGCGGAUGUGGGCCCUCGUCGCCGCCGACCGCUGGGUCGUGUUUAUCGGCUUCGCGUCCCUCGUCUGCGCCGCGCUCUCGGAGAUCGCUAUACCACAUCUACUUGCGGCGUCCAUCUUCUCGGCGCAGAAUGGAGGGGCGGUGUUCUACCGGAACGCUAAGCUUCUGGUUGUUCUAUGUUUGAUUUCCGGAGUGUUUAGUGGUGUGCGAAGCUGCUGUUUUGGUAUUGCGAACAUGAUAUUGGUCAAGCGUAUGAGAGAAAUGCUGUUUGACUCCAUCCUUUCUCAGGAUAUUGCCUUUUUUGAUGAAGAAACUGUCGGGGAUUUGACAAGUAGGCUUGGUUCUGACUGCCAGCAAGUGUCUCGAGUCAUUGGCAAUGAUCUUAAUUUGAUUUCACGCAAUUUGCUUCAGGGUGUCGGUGCAUUGAUCUAUCUUCUAAUUUUAUCAUGGCCUCUUGGACUCUGCACUAUGCUUACUUGUGGGACAUUGUCAACAAUUAUGCUAGUUCAUGGACGGUACCAGAAAAAGGCAGCUAAGUUCGCACAAGAGUUCACAGCAAGUGCCAAUAAUGUUGCUCAAGAGGCGAUAACUUUGGCUAGGACAGUGCGGGUCUAUGGGACAGAAAAGCAAGAGUUUAAGAGGUAUGCAAAGUGGCUGGAUAAGCUGUAUGAUGUAAGCUUUCGGCAGACAAUGGCUUAUGGAGGCUGGAGUUUGAGCUUGAACUAUCUAUACCAUUCUACUCAGGUCGUUGCAGUUUUGAUUGGAGGAAUAUAUAUCAUGUCAGGGAAAUUAACUGCUGAGCAACUGACAAAAUUCACACUGUAUGCCGAGUGGCUGAUUUUGUCUACCUGGUGGAUUGGAGACAACUGGUCCUCCUUGAUGCAGUCUGUUGGAGCAAGUGAAAAGGUCUUCCGCUUGAUGGAUCUCUUGCCUAGCAGGCAGCUUACCUCUAAAGGCCUCAGGUUACAGAAGUUGGAAGGGCGAAUUCAGUAUGCAGAUGUAGCAUUUUCAUAUCCUUCAAGGCCUUCAGUACCAAUUUUGAGAAGACUGAAUCUAACACUGCAUCCAAAUGAAGUAGUUGCAAUUGUUGGUCUUAGUGGAAGUGGCAAGAGUACUAUUGUGAACCUACUACUUCAACUAUAUGAACCGACAAAUGGGCAAAUUUUAAUAGAUGGCGUGCCAUUGAACGAGCUUGAUACCAGAUGGUUUAGGGAAAGAAUUGGUUUUGUGGGGCAGGAGCCUAAGUUAUUCCGAAUGGAUGUUAGUUCUAAUAUUAGGUAUGGCUGCCCAAGAGAAGUUAGCCAUGAAGAAGUAGAGUGGGCUGCAAAACAGGCUUACGCUCACGAUUUCAUAAUGUCUCUUCCUGAUGGUUACAACACCAUUGUUGACGAUGCUCUUCUUAGUGGAGGCCAAAAGCAACGUGUUGCUAUUGCAAGGGCCCUUCUGAGAGAUCCGGCCAUCUUAGUACUUGAUGAAGCCACUAGUGCGCUUGAUGCUGAGAGUGAACAUUAUGUGAAGAGCGUCAUUACAGAAGUUAGCGCUGAUAAGGCUGGGAGAACUGUGAUUAUUAUAGCUCACAGGCUAUCUACGAUUCAAACAGCUGAUAGAAUUAUUGUGAUGGAAAAUGGUAGUAUCGUGGAGGACGGAAAACACAGUGAGCUUAUCAAGCAGGAUGGUUUGUAUUCAAGGCUAGCUCGGCGACAAGAUGACACUCUCCCAUAGCCCUGAAAUCACAGAAGGUGGUUUAGCAAGCAGUCCACGAGGUUUUUUUCAAGUGGAACGGCGGGCAAGAGAGUCGUCUGUCAUUGGAGUAUUCAUUACGUCCGGCCAUGGCCCGUUGGUCAAAUAAUUGAGGUUACCUCGAAGUGUCCGGUUCUAAUGAUUCGCAUAUACCAACUAACCGAACUAAAAUUUAAAACGCUCUAAAAGGAGCAAGCGACGGCAAUAUAUGGAUUCACAAAAUGGAGUAGUUCAUACAUGAUUCAUUUACCAAAACAUUGUCAGAUGCAACCUGUAACUACGUAUAUAGGCAUUCUGGAGCUCAGACCAUCUAGACCCUGUAAUUAACUGGUCUGUCAGAAAAUUUACUCCAAUUUUGACAUGUACCUAAGCAUUCAUAUACUAGUACUGACUAUGUUCUUGUAUAUGCAAAUACUAUUUCCAAGAUUAUACGAUGCAAUGGACGUGCUACGUGGCAA